AUGGAGGGCAAGCUGUACACAGGAGAGGACUACACGAAAGAGUUUGACUCCCAGGACUACUUAAAGAUGUACUACACCUUCGAUUCAGGCACCGUAGCUGAAAAUGAAAUCUUGAAAUUUAACCUGAAAAACCUCUUUGAAACCUUCUCUUCAGCAGGAGUGAGAGGUGACGUCCUGAUCAACACUGGCCCAGGGCCCACCAUCUACCAGCUGCUCUCAGCCUGUGAAGCCUUCUGGGAGAUCAUCACCUCAGACUACUCAGGGCAGAACCCCCAGGAGGUGCAGAAGUGGCUAAAGAAGGAGCCAGGGGCCAACGACUGGUCCCCAGCCAUGCAAUACGUGUGUGAGCUGGAGGGAGACAGGAGCAAGUGGCAGGAGAAGGAGGCCCGUCUCCGAAGGACAGUCCGCAGGUUACUGAAGUGUGACGUGAACCAGCCACACCCACUGGGGCCCGCCCAUGUGCCUCCAGUUGACUGCGUGCCGACCCUGCUGGCUCUGGAGUGCGCCUGCCAUGACGUGGACACCUACCGGGCGGCCGGGAGAGGCCUGGUCAGCCUGCUGAAGCCGGGCGGGCACCUGGUCACCGUGGUAGCCCUGAGCACCCAGCACUACCUGGUGGGCGUCAAGAAGUUCUUUGGGCUCCACCUGGAGAAGGAGACGGUGGAGAAGGCCGGCUGCCAGGUGCUGAGGUGCCAGUACUCCCCCGUCAGCUACUCGGAGACCCACUGCAUCAAUGAGGGCAUCUGCUUUGUGGUCGCCCGCAAGGGUCCCGGGGCCUGA